AUGAUCUUGCUACAAAACAACAGCAAAUCUCUGCAACCUUGGGUAAUGGACGAGGGAAACCUUCCCGAUCCCUCCCCUUGCGUGCUGGGUAUUAUACCAGUUAUAUACUACAGUAUUCUGCUGUGUCUUGGCUUGCCAGUGAACAUUCUGACUGCUGUGGCACUCUCAAGGCUUGCAUCCAGAACAAAGAAGUCCUCCUACUGUUACCUGUUAGCUCUUACCAUCUCAGACAUCUUGACCCAGAUCUUCAUCAUCUUUGUGGGCUUUAUCCUACAGACAGCAAUACUCCAUCGCAGGGUGCCCAGUACUUUAAUUCACGUGGUCAGUGUCCUUGAGUUCUCCUCCAACCAUGCAUCUAUUUGGGUUACAGUAAUCCUGACUAUGGACCGUUAUGUGGCAUUAUGUUAUCCCCUACAAUAUCGCUCUUUCUCUUACCCAGAGCGAACCCGUAGAGUCAUUAUCUUUGUCUUCCUCUCAUCUUUUGUGACCGGAAUACCCUUCUACUGGUGGAGUGAUGUUUGGAGGGAUCCACGUACCCCUGGAUUGCUAGACCUUACACUCAAGUGGGUUCAUUGCUUUAUAAUAUACUUCAUCCCCUGCACCAUAUUUUUGAUUACCAACUCUGUCAUCAUCUACAGGCUGAGGAAAAGAACAGGGUCCAAGAAGUGUCAGCUUCGUAAUGGCAAGACUACAGCAAUUCUUCUGGGCAUUACCACUGUUUUUGCUGUUCUUUGGGCUCCUAGAACUAUUGUCAUCAUUAUUCACAUGUAUGUUUCAUCUGUAAACAAAGACUGGAAAGUUCACCUAGCUAUGGAUAUAGGCAACAUGUUAGCCCUUCUCAACACAACUGUAAAUUUCUUUCUUUACUGUUUUGUCAACCGAAGAUUUCGGGACACAGUGAGAGAGAUAUUAGGGAUUUUCAGAUGGUGCCACACAAGAGAGGAACAAAACAUACACGUUGAAAUUGUUCUGACCACCUAAAACCUGUGGGAAUCCCAGUGGUAACAGCAGUAUAGUGGAGUAUAGUGGCUAUUUGCCACAGCUAUAGAGCCCACAGUUAAAUUGAAGUGUAGGAGAGAACAUUAUGGAAUUGAUUGGCUUUUGACUGAAGAUGUGUACUUAAAAGCAUGGCGCCUUUCUGUAUUUCCUUUUAAAAAUCUGCUCAUCCUGCUAGGGGUCAUUUAGAGCAUUGCAAGGGCAAAUAACUCUUUUGCUGCUUUCAGUUAAGUAAAAUUACACUCUCUGUAAUGCUUUUAAAAUGGUGGAGUAAAUGGUGAAAUUUGGUGAAAUGUAAAGAUGAAUGGAAGAAAAUGGUAGACAAAUAUAAUUAUGGGUGCUGAUAGAGAAAAUGAUUAAAUAUUUGCACUGAUGUCAUUUCCAUAUGUAACAGCAUUGCUAGUUGUACUUUUAGAGACACAAAACCAACAGUGUUGUAUUUUAUUGAAGGCCUUUUUUGUUUUGCUUGUGGGAAUUGCUACACUGUUGGCAUAAUAAUUAAUAAGAAUGCAAGUUUCUUGUUU